AUGCCAUCACAUCUACGGAAAAAGGGUCAGUGCUCUAACUCUGUUCCUACAUCUUUUCCUGACCCCAUAGCGGCUGAAAAAUCAACAGAGAUCUCGGAUGAUGAAGAACGCGACAUAUACAUUCCACCGCCACCACGUCCACCUCCGGUUCCUUUCCCUCAACGAUUCAAAAAAACUAAAGAAGACACCCAAUUUGCUCGAUUUGCUGACAUGGUGCGUAAGUUGGAAAUCACUAUGCCGUUUCACGAGGUUAUCACUCAGAUGCCAUCCUACGCCAAAUUCCUGAAGGACAUUCUCACAAAGAAGCGCGUUAUCGAGAAGGAAACCAUCACGCUUAAUCUUGAGUGCAGCGCCAUUCUUCAGCACGAUCUGCCACCGAAAAUGUUGGAUCCAGGUAGCUUCUCGAUUCCCUGUAAAUUGGGAAAUGUUUCUAUAGAUCGUGCUCUUUGUGAUUUAGGUGCCAGUGUAAGUCUCCUACCACUCUCCAUCUACAAGAAACUCAACGUGGGAGAACUCAAACCGACUCGCAUGGCUCUUCAACUAGCUGAUCGUUCUGUCAAAUAUCCUCUGGGUAUUCUCGAGGACGUCCCGCUGAAAGUCGGCGAUUACUACGUACCAGUCGAUUUCGUUGUGCUUGACAUGGACGAAGACUCCAAAAUCCCGAUUAUUCUAGGGCGGCGUUCUUAA